AGAGAACUGCACUCAGGUUUGUACUCGUAGUUUGGAAUUGCUCAAUUAUGAUGACAACGAUUGGUGCUAAGCUAUGACAUUGAACAUACAGGACACGAAACCGACGAGGUCGUUUAAAGAUACACAUACCAUUUAAUACCAAUAUUACCGCAAAUCAAGCCCGUGUAUCGCUGUCGGUGGAAUUUUAGGAUACAUUUAAUUGCUAGUCGACAUUGUUGCUUAUCUGCGUCGAUUGCUCGCUAGAUCGGCUACAAUGUAUCUACUGUGGUAGCUUGUCGGCUAUUACCCUAGCGGCUUUUAUACAGGGAACUAGGCUACCCUAGAUGCAGAACAGACAAGAGACGUCAUCAGUAUUUGCUUUAAAUGGUCGCGUCGGAGUUGGUCAUUGGAGAAAAAAAAAAAAAUCAAGAUAUUCGUAGGAAAUAGGCCUAGAAGACACUGUGAUAAGAAGAACCAAGUUAAGGAGGAAACAUCAGCUUUACCCCAGGAUUCAUAAAUGGACGACUACGGCUUCGGAGUCCUGGUGAAGAAUAACUGCAGUGGCAACAAAUCUGCUUUCCCUGUGAGGAUCCCUCCUCACCUCCAACCCCAACCCUCCCACCUCAAUCAUCCCGCCAACCCCCCCAGCCCCCCUUCAUUCAUCAAUAGCACCUCGGCCACCAAUGGAGGAGGUAGCGCCUGGCUGUUCCCCUCCGUAACACCCCACAGUAACAUGCAGGAUGAGAUCCUUGACUCCGACAAGGCCAAAGCCCUGGACCUGCAGGAAAAGGCCCAGCCGCAGGCCCUCUCCCCUGGGCAGCAAGAGGCCGGAGGUGGCCUAGGGGAGCUAGAUGGGUCUCUACCUGAGGACUGCUCCAUGGAGAAGGGCUCAUUGGAGAGCAGCGGUGGGAAGGAGAAGCUUAGGGGUGGGAUGGACUCCCCUCCGGUGCUGGGGGGGUUUGACUACCAGGACAGCCUGGGGAUGGCGACGUCUGGAGCCCAGUCCACCACCACUACCUCCUCCCUGACCUCCUUCAACAACUGGUCCCCGACCGUACCCUCCAACCCCUCCCCCGUGGUCAGUGAGGACGUUGGGAGCGGGUUCUUUGGCCCGGCCGGUUCCAAUGCUAACGGACCCCCAAUGCUUUUCCAGAACUUCUCCCAUCACGCCGGGCCCGGCUUUGGAGGGGUGGGGGGUAGCUACUCCCCCCAGAUUGGCCCUGUCUCCCAGCACCACCCUUCUCCACACCCCCACCACUACCACCCCCACAACCAGGGGGUCCCCCCGCAGCACCGCCGUUCCCCAGCCUCCCCCCACCCUCCCCAGCCCUCCUUCCCCCCUCACCCCCACCGCUCUGGAGCUUUCACCCAGCUGCCCCACCUGGCCCCGGCCCAGUCAAAGCCCCCCUCCCCUUGGGGCAGCUACCAGAGCCCUGCCCCCUCCACCCCCACUUCCACAUCCUGGAGCCCUGGAGUGGGGUACGGUGGCUGGGGAGGGUCACAGGCGGUCCGAGAGUACCGCAGGGGCCUCAACGGAGGGGUGACGGCCCUCAACUCCAUCUCACCACUAAAGAAGUCUUUCCCCAACAACCAGGUUCCCUCUCAGAAGUAUCUUCGUAACAACUCAGGGUUCAACCACAAGGCUUGGAUGGAAGACAGCAUGAGUCGCACUGACAACUUCCCUUUCCAGCAGGAGAGAACCCGUUCCUUUGAUGGCUUCAGCAUGCACUCCCUGGAGAACAGUCUGAUUGAUAUUAUGAGGGCUGAACAGGAUUCCUUGAAAGGUCGCUAUGGUUUCUCUCACCAGGGCGGAGACGUGUCUUUGCCCAUGAAUGCUAGGAGCUAUGGCAGACGACGAGGUCACUCUAACCUGUUCCCCAUGGGGGACGAGCACUCCUUCGGAGAGGACGAGUCAGGUGACCAGGGACUUCCUGGUUUAGGAUCCGCCCACUGUUUCCCGCAGCUCAAUGGAGAGCGAGUGGAGAGGUAUUCACGCAAGGUGUUUGUGGGAGGACUGCCCCCCGAUAUAGACGAAGAUGAGAUCACUGCCAGUUUCCGCCGGUUCGGUCACCUGUUUGUCGAUUGGCCCCACAAGGCUGAGAGCAAGUCCUAUUUCCCACCCAAAGGUUAUGCAUUCUUGCUGUUCCAAGACGAGACCUCUGUCCAGGAUCUGAUUGAUGCCUGUAUUGAGGAGGAUGGCAAGCUCUACCUCUGUGUCUCCAGCCCCACCAUCAAGGACAAGCCUGUCCAGAUCCGUCCCUGGAACCUGAACGACAGUGACUUUGUGAUGGACGGCUCUCAGCCUCUGGACCCCAGGAAGACCAUCUUUGUAGGGGGGGUGCCACGUCCUCUACGCGCAGUGGAGCUGGCCAUGAUAAUGGAUCGUCUGUAUGGAGGAGUGUGUUACGCUGGCAUCGACACAGACCCUGAGCUGAAGUACCCUAAAGGAGCGGGCCGUGUGGCAUUCUCCAAUCAGCAGAGUUACAUCGCUGCUAUCAGCGCUCGAUUCGUUCAGUUGCAGCACGGCGAGAUGGACAAACGGGUGGAAGUGAAGCCAUACGUGCUGGAUGAUCAGCUGUGUGAUGAGUGCCAGGGGACACGCUGUGGGGGAAAGUUCGCUCCCUUCUUCUGCGCUAACGUCACCUGUCUCCAGUACUACUGUGAGUACUGCUGGGCAGCCAUACACUCCCGGGCCGGACGAGAGUUCCACAAGCCACUGGUCAAGGAGGGGGGAGACCGGCCUCGACACAUAUCCUUCAGGUGGAACUAGGGAGGGUGACGGGCUAUGUUGUAGAAAAUAAAUGCACUUUUCUUUUUUCUGGUUCCUAUUUAGUUUGGAAAAUUAAUUUAAAAGCUUAAUUUAAUCUUUAUUUUUUUAAUCGGACCUUCUCAGAACAGUAAAUGCUAAGAAGAAGGACAACUAAGUGAAAGAAAUCCCGUUUUGAAUUUAAGUUAAGGUGUGCAUGAGUACUUGGAUGCAUUAUUAGAUAUGAGAAGAAAUGUUUCUUCUGACUUGACUGUACUUUCUUUUCUCGCAUUAGCUGGCGAAGCUGCUUACAUUUGUUGUCAAGAGUAACAUAUAACAUUUGAGUGAGGUAUGUGCUGCACCUCAAUCAGUAUAUUAACUAGAACAGUUGUGUGUUAGAAGGGUACACUUAUUUUUGUUAAUUUACGCA